AUGUCACCCCGGAGCCAGGGCCCCAAGUCUGCAUGGAACCUGCUGCAGGCCUCCCGGCGAUGCUACUCUCUGGGUGGAGUGUCCGCACCUUCCAGUCGGAAUCUGUGGGACAUUGUUAAACGGGCAGAGUUUGAGAACCACGAUGCCAAGCACGUUCACGACAUCUGGAUGGAGUUCCACGCCGACCCACUCAAGCACCGGGUGGCAGACGUGAUGACGGCGGCGCAGUAUGCUGUGUUCAGCGAGAAUGCCGCACGGAGUCCCAUGUUUGUGCUGCCCAUCUUCAAGGGCCCCAAUGCAUUCGAGACCAUCAUGGUCCAGUGCCAGCUGCCGUGCGUCCUCCUGACGUCGCUGGAGGAGUACAAGCGGCAGGGUCCCGUGGCUGUACCAUUCAUGACCAUGACCCACUACACGGAGCUGCAGUCUACCAAGUCGGUGGUGCUGGUGCGAGGGGACAUCGUGGACCCCAACGCCCUCACCCGCUUCGAGGCCACCAGCCUCAUGAGGAUGGUGCACGAAUUUUACACGGAGAGAGCCAAGCACGUCUUUGUGCACGCCUUCAACCACAACCCGCCCUCCUUUGACUUCAAGCGCAUGCUCGACUCGAUGGGCCACGACACCUCCAACCUGCCGCGAUGA